AUGUUUGUGGAGCAAGGCGUCGUUGGCCCUGACUCAAUGGAAAUCGGAUCAGAACUUAUCUCAUUGGCAUGUAUCACUGUACUAGCCGUUGCUUUGGGUGCAAAAACUUUUAAUGAAAAGGUUAAAUCCUUGAAUUAUGGUCGUGUAUUGGUUAUUAUUUUAUAUACUCUCUCUUGGGCUUUUGCUGCUACUUCGGUUGUUGUUGUAUCUACUAAUGAUAAUAAUAUUGUAUCUUGUACUUUGGCAAUGAUGUCUUGUGAUUUCUUUUAUGCUGGAAGUAAGAUCGCUAUUUAUGCAUGGCUUAUUGAACGUGUUCAUUUGGUUACUGCUGUAAAAACUACUCGACUCAAGACUUGUCAAUACAAAUUCCAUAUCUGUCUCUUGUUCCCUUAUUCUGUUAUCUUUGUUCUUAUGUUGACUUUCCGAAAUAUCUACAUUGAACAAGAUGGUAAAUGUACCAUUGGUUUACAAUAUGUUGCUAGUAUUCCUCUACUUGUUUAUGAUUUCAUCUUCAACUGCUACUUGACAUGGUUGUUCAUGAGUCCCUUGAUGAAUGUUGGACGAAACUCCCGAACUGACUGGAAACGCUCAAAGUUAUACCGUCUUGCUCGUCGUACUCUUGUUGCUUCUGUAGUAUGCUUGACUAUCUCCUUCGUCAAUGUGUUAUUGGUCGUAACAAGUCAAGGACACCAGAGAGGUUUGAUUUGUUUAACCGCCUGUACCCUGGAUGUCACAAUCAACGUUAUUACCGUUCAUUGGGUCACAACCAAUUCUGGAAAAUCAAAGAACAAUGCUACUACUCACAAGAACAUGCACACAGCGGACCAUAUGACUGCAGAAAUGACAUUUGAUGGAACUGACACUCACCACGAAAAGUCCAAGUACGAUAUGCCUAUGGUCAAACCCAAUAACCGUCAUGAUGAUGAUGAUGACAGUUCGGUCGAUCUCUCCAAUAAUGGAAAGCAUGGUGUUUAUUGAUGGCUACCCUAGUUUAGUCUUUUAAACUUUUUUUAUUCUUAUUUUUCUACUUAGUUAUUUAGUUCUCCUUCCUUCAUUCUCCUUAUUUAUUACUUAUUCGUACCUGCCUUCUUUUUUUUGUAAUUCAUUACUCAAUCCAAAAAC